AUGGCGUCGUUUACUUCCAAACCCGAUGACUUUCCUAAAGUUCUCAAAGGAAGGCGUGUUCUGCUGACGACAGAGUCACUGGGACCUAUUAAUGGGGUUAGUCGGACGACGUUGAGCUUGGUGGAGUAUCUCCGGCGCAACGGUGUCGAUCUGGCUGUGGUCGCACCGCAGUAUCAAGGCUUCCGCUACCAGGCACAGGACGCAGCAGAUUGCCGGAUACCGGGAUAUCCUCUGCCAUACAAUCCAGACCUGACGAUAGUGUACCCCUUUCGCUUGGACACUGUCUACAAGCAAACCUUCCAGCCAGAUAUCCUUUACGUCGCAAGCCCAGCGUCUCUAGGCUUCCAGAUCUUGCUGCAGACCCGUCAACUUCGAAAACCACCGACAGUGUUGCUUAACUACCAAACAGACCUCUCAGCAUACAGUGAAAUAAUAUUUCCGGCACCUCUGGACAGAUUCGCGGUUUGGCUCUUGGCCACAGUGCAAGGGUUCCUGUUCAGCCAUCCAGCUGUACACACCAUCUUCUAUCCUUGUUCGGCUGUAUUGAACUACUUGAAAGAUGCCGGCGCUCCUGUCGAGCGCACCGUUCGACUGGGACGUGGCGUUGAUACCUCGUUGUUUAACCCCACACACCGUGACAAUGCAUAUCGAAAGGAGAUUGCCCCGGACGGAGAGAUUAUUCUCGUCUGCGUGUGUCGCCUUGCACCAGAGAAAGGAUUCGAGUUCCUAGCAGAAGCGACAAUUAAGCUAGCUGAACAAAAGAUCCCAUUCAAGCUGAUGAUUGUGGGAGGCAAUCGUAACCCGGUCGUUGAAGCCCGAAUCCACCGUCUUUUCGACGCGGUGAGAGAACAUGUCAUCUUCACGGGGUUCUUGACCGGACAACCUCUUGCACGUGCGUACGCCUCAGGCGAUAUCUUCCUCCAUUGCUCGAUCACCGAAACCUUUGGACUAGUUGUGCUGGAGGCAAUGGCCAGCGGGCUACCCGUUAUCGCCAGAGACCAAGGCGGCCCGUCAGAUAUUGUCCAACAUCAAAAGACGGGAUACCUGGUUCCUCCAAACGACAUACGCAAUUUUGUUGGCUUAGUACGAGACGUUUCCAUCAAUAGCCAUUUACGGUCUGCCCUUUCUACGUCUGCUCGGAGGUAUGCAGAAGAGACAACGUGGGAGAAGAUCAACAACCGAGUGGCCUGGCAGAUGGCCAACGCAUUUGAGCAGCGUUCUGCCGAGGAAAGUCUGGGUGGUUCUGAUGAACCUGUCGUGGCUAAUUUCAUGUUGCCAAUUCUGGAGAAACUGCGCCUUACUCUCGCUGUUGGACUUGUGUACUUCAUGUGGUUGAUUGCUGUGGUUCCUUUGAUUAUUCAUGGACAGCGGAUUGUCCCUAGAGCGUUGGAAUUGGUGCAUAGUAUGCCGGUCGUUGGGAGGUGUAUUCGGUAUCGCUCUAGGUGA